UUUUCAUAAAAUGCAAGUGGACAAGUUAAAACGAAAUGGUUGUGUAGUGUAAUUAUUCUGUUUUUCUUGGGCUGGAAGUUUUUGAGUUAUAUAGCGCUUAUUAAUUCUUACAGUAUUGCUUGAUUUUUGAUUUAUUGUAAACGUAAAUGAUUGGUGACCUGUUUGCAGUAUUUCUAGCUGAUAGUUAGAGAGUUGCUCAUUGCUGUGAUCGUCAGUAGACGAGAUAUCUUCCCUGUCUCCAGCUUUCCAUACAUUUGCUUUUGGGAUGUGUUUCGUAGUUGUGACUGAGCUCUACUAUCUAAGAGCUAAACCUCUGGGAUCGUUCGGUUAAGCCAAAGCUGUACAAGUGAUAGCGAGUGCCAUAAAGUUAGCUCCUUAGUUGGCUUGGGAAGUUGUUUGUGGAUGCGGAUAAACAGAUCUGUGAGUUUUCGCUUCCAUGAUAACAUCCUGUCCUAUAUAAAAUUAUCGUUUGUUCGGGACACGAUAUUCACCAAGUUGUUCUCAGCCUGGAGACGUGAUUAUCUGCAGGCAGGCGAAGUCGCACUGGCAUCUUGUGUGGCAGCCCCUGGGAAAGAUCUCGGAAGUGAUACGGAGUACUGAGGAACUUCUCUUUCGCUGGCAUAUCGUGAGUGAAGAUCUCUUCAGGCAAAAACCCACCUUUGGCCUUCCAGAUGUGCGACGUUGAAAAGUGCAGAAUGGUUUUAUCACAGCCAGUGAUGCUAGUGCAUGAACUGUAGCCUCUGUAUUGGUGGAAACUGGAAAACUGCCAUAAAGUUACUAGUAGUUCCUUCGUCUGACAAUGGCAUCUUCCCCGACUGCCAGUGAAGAUAAGGAUGUGCAGGAGAAACAACUGCCAUCCACUAGUCGACCCUUUAGUGAGCGAUUUGGAUUUGGAUAUUUUCGGGACACAUUGGACUGGUUCACUGGGAAAGGAAGAAAGAAGGAAAAAAAUGACGGAAGCGGUGAUGCAACGUCCACUCCAACCGAUGACAGCACCAAACUUUACCUCAACCGCUCAUUGAUGCAGCGAUUUAUUCAGACCAGCCAGCUUCGCCAAAUCAUUUGCUUACCGUCAGAAAUAGAAUUGUCUGAAUGGCUUGCAUCCCAGAUUAUUCCGUUUUUUAAUAACGUGAACUUGCUGUACGGAACGAUAUCGGAAUUCUGCACUCAGUCAACUUGCCCCACGAUGUCUGCGCCAAAUAACACAAUAUAUUAUUGGAUUGAUGAGAAAGGGAAAAAAUCAAAAUGUUCAGCUGUCCAGUAUAUCGAUUACGUCACUGCUUCGAUAGAAAGGCUAAUGCGGGAUGUUACGGUGUUUCCUGCCAGGCACGGUAUGUCGUUCCCAUCGAAUUUCGAUACGGUUAUUCGACGAAUUCAGCGUCAACUAUUGCAUGUCUUGGCCCACAUGUACCAUGCGCACUUUGACGCCCACGUUCAGCUUGGCACCCACGUGUACCUCAACAGUGUCUUCGUUCAUUUUGUCAUCUUUAGUCAGCACUUUGGCCUGAUUGAGGCCCGCGAACUGGAUGUAUUGCGUGAUCUAGCGGAAUGUUUGCUGACUGAUGUGGAAAGCGGCAAUGAAAAGGAGCCCGCUCCACCGUCGGAAAGCCCUUUACCUGGUGAUUCUACUGGUAUCUCACACGAGGAAGUGGACCCGGAGACGCCACUGACCGCAUUUCGCAGUUGGGAGAACUCCAAGUCGGCCUGUGAUAGAAAACCUGUGAAUCCGACGGCUCCACUGAACGUCAAAGAUCUGUUGUGGGGCAAUGCACUGGAAACGUCGGUGGUCUGACGAUAAUCAUCCCAGGAAAUUCUGCAUGUUUAACCCGUACUGGAACGAUCUCUUGCAGCAUAUUUGAUUGAUGUGCGCUUGUCUUCCUCAAAAGCCCUGGUCGUAGUUUGGCUUCACUGGUGCGCCUGCGCAGCAGGUUUCUUUUACGCGGCUGUUGUAAGUACUUGUACUGGCAGCGCCCCAUGUGAUAUCAUGCGAAAUGCGGUGAAACAAACCCGAUUACAAGCGGCUCUAUGUUUGACUGUUUGGCACAUGGUUUUUUCACUGCUAAAACGAAAUUUCUGUAAAUAAUGUUUUAUCGGGAUCUCAUAAGGCGUUCAGGGGGAUUCAUUAAAUAAAAGUAACAAUAUAUUCUUAC